CCCAUUCAGUCCUGGCUGAGAGUGUUUUGGGAUUUUUACAGCUUUAAAUUCCUUCAAACGUGUUUAUUCUCACCCGCACGCACACACAGGCACUCCCUUGGUUCUGCUCUUUCGGUCAGCAUGAGUUAUCCACUGGUGAUUCUGCUCUGUGUGGGACUACUGCACCAGACUGCGAGGGCCGUCCUCAUGGAUAAACUAGCAGACAGCAAGAUUUGUGGAGAUGCAGAAUGCUCAUAUGUUCUCUCCAUGGCUACAGCCUUGGAUGACUUCAUAGCUCCUGACUGCAGAUUCAUCAACAUCAAGAAGGGUCAGAUGGUUUAUGUGUAUUCUAAACUCAUACCAGAGGAGGGCGCUGGAGUCUUCUGGUCUGGAAGUGUUUAUAGUGACCGGUAUGUGGACCAGAUGGGUAUCAUUGGAUACUUCCCUGCAACUGUGGUGAAGGAGACACAUAAGUUUGUCGAAGACACAGUUAAGAUUACCACAGCUGACUUGGACUUCUACUGUGAUUAAGACAUGAAAGACCGAAGCCUCUUUUUCUCAAGUCUUGCUUUUAGUAAGACAGUUCUUCUCUCAAGCUGGUGUGUCCGACUAUGUGCCAUUACAUCCUGUGGUGUUGUCUGGACACUCUCAGCCCUCCAUAGCCCACAGUCUGACACCUAUGUUGUUGAGACAGUUUGUCCUUUCUGUCUUCCUUUGUCUUAACAAGACACUUUGCUCAAUAAACCUGUUUUCAUGUCAA